AUGCAAUCUCUACCUAUUUUAAUAAUAAUUGAACAGCGACGCAUUCCUUUGUUUGGUUUAGCUGAUAUUGGGAAAGAAACGGAAAAACAACUAGAAACAAUCAAGACAAAAUACGCAUCAAAUACAGUCAAACUCAAUUUAGAACCAAGACAGAUUACAUACCUCUUCAAUGUUUAUUAUGAUGAAUUGAAAUUACUUGAAGCUCAUUGUGAUGAUACAAAAAUCCUUGAUAAUUUAAAAAAUGGAGAAUUUACAGCUCCAAGUUAUUCACAUGAAAAAAUAGAGCAAGAAAUCAUGACAUUAGAUACUUUAUGUUCACCAAUUGAUAUGAAAAUUGAAGAGCAAGCUUUCAGUACAAUAGCACAUGACGAAUGUUAUAAUAUUAUAAAUAUUGCUCGUCAACACAAAUGUCUGGUCGAAAUACAAGAGAGCAAUACCAAUUAUAUUUGUAAAAUACCCAAAGCUACAAAGCACGAUCACAUUUCGAAUGAAUUAUCAGCAGCAGUUAUUGAAAUACACCAGAAUGAUCUUGCUGAUCAGAGGGUCGACCUGGUUGUUAUUUGUUCCACAUCGAUAUCUCUGCGAGACAAUAUUCUCAAAAAAGCCGGUCAAUCAGUGGAACAAGAAUAUUUUGAAGCCGCAAUGGCAUCACCGAUGGAACCUUUCGAAACAAAUGCGGGACAAUUACAAUGUCGAAAACUUUUGUUUUUACCUUGGGAAAUGGAUCGAACAAGUGAAGAAGCUUUUUAUCAAUCAAUUCGAAAUUUGGUUCGUAAAGCUGUUCAACAUGCUAUUAAGGCACAUUAUACUUCAAUCGUAUUUCCAUCAAUUAGUUAUGGAAAAUUCAAUGUUGAUAAAAAUAUCAUUGCAAAUCAAAUGUUAGUUGAAGCUCAAAAACAAUUAUUAGCAGCUAAUGUCUUAUUGCAAAUAAUCUUUGUUAUUUUACCCGAGCAAAGUGAUGUAUUUGAAGCGUUUCAAGCAAAACUCGAAAGUUUACAAAACGGAGAAGUAGAAACGAAGGAUACUGAAAUUCUCUAUUGUUCUACAAGUAAAUAUCAACCAAAAUUGUCUUUUUUUUUUGAAGUUUUUUCGGUUAUUUAUCUACCACUUGAAAUAACAAUCCUAUCAUCGAAUAGAGAGAAGCAAGAAGAAUGUAAGAAAGCUUUGAAUGAUCAUGUGCAGAAAUCAAUUUUAGUUUGGAAAAUGUUACAACAAGACAUAUUAAAAAGAUGGACACAACCAGCUAUCACUGACUUCUAUAAGUAUUGCCUGGAUCGACAUGUAAUACCUGAUAUAGAUAUUCCUAUGGGUCAUGUUAAAUUAUCCGGUCCAAAAGAAGCAACAAAAGAAUGUGAAAUUGAAUACUAUAGAGAACAAACAAAACAAAGUGAACAAGCACGUUUACUGGCUAUUGCACGAAAUAUAAUUUGGGCAUAUAAAUUAAAUGAUACCAACACUGAAAAAUAUUCACUUAAAUUCAACGCUCAUAUCGAAGAAUCAUUUUCAUCUGGAGUACCAUCUGUAAGGGCAGAUAUAAUCAUGUAA